AUGUAAUAAAACUGUACAGCGUCGAGCAAAGUAGAUUUCUGUAGGAAAAAUGCAACAGUUGAUCGUACAGUAUUCAACAGUAUUGUCGUUUGUAGAGGAGAUACAUCAUGUUCUCCUGUGUAUUAAAGAACAAUUGCUUUAAAAAGGAGUUAGUAAAUAUUUCAAAAGUGCAAUUAAUAUUAAGAGCUUCAAGAAGCACUUUCACAAAAAAGUAUGAUGUUGAUGACUAUCAGUUUCUUGAAAGGAGUCAAACUCCUACAAUGCACUUUCAAUCAUCUCUGCCACGUUUAUCAAUUCCUAAAUUAGAGGAUACAUGCAGAAGAUAUUUAAAUGCUCAAAGGCCAUUAUUAUCAAAUGAAGAAUUGAAAAAAACUACAAUUUAUGUUGAUGAAUUUCUUACUAAAGAUGGAAUUAGAUUGCACAAAGAACUUCUUAAGGUAGAUGCUGAAAAUUCUCAUACUAGCUAUAUUAGUGAACCUUGGUUUGAUAUGUAUCUACGAGAUCGUAAAUCUUUACCUAUUAAUUAUAAUCCUUUUUUGGUACUUGAACCAAUGUGCAAUCCAAAAUAUAAUACACAAUUAGUGAAAACAACAAAUCUUGUUAUAUCAUCAUUAAGAUUUAUGAAAUCAUUAAAAGAAGAUGUGUUAAGGCCAGAGGUAUUCUAUAUGAAUCCUGAAACAUCUAACAGUAAGCUAUAUCAUACUAUUACAAGACUGUUACCAUCUCAGUAUAAUUGUUAUGGAGCCUACUUGUUCAAGGCUUUUCCAUUAGAUAUGUCACAGUAUCACAAUUUGUUUAAUACCACAAGAUUACCAAAAACAACAAAAGAUGAAAUUUAUCAAGAUGUAUCUGGAAAACACAUAAUUGUAAUGAGAAAAGGACAUUUCUACUCUUUUGAUGUAAUGGAUGAAAAUGGAUACAUUUAUGAACCAAAAACAAUAGCAAAUAGCUUGAAAUCUAUUUUGGAAGAUAAUAUAACAAGCAAUGAAACUCCCAUUGGAAUACUUACAGCAGCAGAACGAAAUUUAUGGGCUGAUACAAGAACACACUUGUUACAAAUUGGUAAUCAAGAAACAUUACAAAAAAUAGAUUCUGCUGUAUUCAUGAUGAUAUUGGAUGAUAUCUGUAUUGGCAGUGAUUACAAUAAACUAAUUGAAACAUAUCUCCAUGCUGAUGGAACAAACAGGUGGUUUGAUAAAUCAUUUUCUCUAAUUGUUACACAGGAUGGGUAUGCUGGAAUAAAUUUUGAGCAUUCAUGGGGGGAUGGAGUAGCUGUAUUAAGAUUUCUUAAGGAUGUAAAUAAUGACAUGACUAAACGACCAAACUUCCAUCCUGAUGAUAUUAAUUACCUUGAAAACGGGACAACAGAUGUUAAAAGACUUGAAUUUGUUAUUGACAAUAAAAUAGAAAAUAUUGUUAACACAGAGAAAACAAAAUUUGAGAAAUGGACGAAAGACCUAAGCAUUGAUCAUAUGAUAUUCAAUGAAUUUGGUAAAACUCAAUGUAAACGAUUUGGCGUGAGUCCUGAUGCAAUUAUGCAAUUAGCUUUCCAAUUAGCUUUAUAUUAUCAAAAGAAUUGUGCAGUUCCUACAUAUGAAUCUUGUAGUACAGCUGCAUUUAAACACGGUCGAACAGAAACUCUAAGGCCUUGUACAGUGGAAACAAAAGCAAUAUGUGAAGCCAUAGUUAAAAAGAAUAACAAUUUGUCUAUGUCUGAACUAAAAGGGUUAAUAAUGAAUUGUAGCAAAGUACAUAAUCAAUUAGCUAAAGAAGCUGUUAUGGGACAAGGAUUUGAUAGACAUUUAUUUGCAUUAAAAAAAAUUUGGGAGCGCUCAAAUACGUCGAAACCAACUAUUUUUGAAGAUCCAGCAUACGAAAAUAUAAAUCAUAAUAUUUUAUCUACAUCUACCUUAUCAGAUCCAGCUAUAUGUGCUGGAGGAUUUGGACCAGUAGUAAAUAAUGGAUACGGAAUCGGAUACAUGAUUCAAGAUGAAAGACUGGGAGCUGUUGUGACAAGUUAUAAAAGUAAUUGUAACGCGACCGAAUACGUAAGUUGUUUGAACGAGGCAUUUAAAAGUAUUCAUCAAGUGAUACUGCAAGGUAAAUGACACUGCCAUAUGUGUCUAUUGAAUAUACGUUAUACGUUUACAAGAAUCUCUAAUAUUGUUGAUCACAUGCAUAAUCAUGAAUUUUUAUACAAUGUUAAUUCAGAGAAUUUUUUUAUUGUCAAAG